UUACGAGGAAUGGAAAAACACACAAACAAACGGAGAUAACAAGAGAACGCGUUGCUCGUUGGAUUUGAUUAAUGUCUGUCCCAGAAUUUUAAUUUAUCACCAACCAAAGGGUGCUUAAAUUUGUCGGUGAAGAGUGACUCGUCAGAUGGUGGCCGAACAAUCUUACCAGAGAGCUGAUCUGCUUUCAGUGGAAGUUUAGUAUGUCAGAUGAGCGAGGAAAGGACUCUCUCUCUAGGAUGAGUCUCUCAGAGAAACAUAGUGUAAGCUCAGGCUCAAAUGUGUCCGGCCCUGUGUCUAUGAAGAGUGACUUUUCAAAUGAUGGUGGUCGACCGAACAUCAGUGAGAAGACAUCUAUCAAACGUGUAAGCUCACGCUCACAUGUGUCCGGCCCUGUGUCUGUGAAGAGUGACUUUUCAAAUGAUGGUGGUCGACCGAACUUCAGUGAGAAGACAUCUAUCAAAUGUGAAAGCUCAGGCUCACAUGUGUCCGGCCCUGUGUCUGUGAAGAGUGACUUUUCAAAUGAUGGUGGUCGACCGAACGUCAGUGAGAAGACAUCUACUCAGGCUCACAUGUGUCCAGCCCUGUGUCUGUGAAGAGUGACUUUUCAAAUGAUGGUGAUCGACCGAACGUCAGUGAGAAGACAUCUAUCAAACGUGUAAGCUCAGGCUCACAUGUGUCCGGCUCUGUGUCCGUGAAGAGUGAUUUUUCAAAUGAUGGUGAUCGACCGAACGUCAGUGAGAAGACAUCUAUCAAAGGGAUUUAUAAAACGUUAGAUUCAGAUUUCCAGACUCACAGGAAACACAAGAAUUUCACAGACAAUCUCCCGUGUAUCUUCAAGGAUCUUGAGAGCAAAAUAAUCAAGUUUCUGAAGGAUGAGCUGGGAAAGUUUAAGAACAUAUUACAAAAGGUGAGCACUCAAGACAUUGUGAAGGACUUUAACGAGAAACGAUGCAGUAUUAAAGAAGCAGCUCUUGAUCUCACACUACACUACCUGAGAGAGAUGAAGCAAGAUGAAGCUGCUGAUACUCUAAAAGAUGAGCUUUUCUUCAUUCAUCCAUUAAAAUGUAGCCUAAAGAAGAAGUAUCAAUGUGUGUUUGAAGGAAUUGCAAAGCAUGGUGACUCCACACUUCUGAAUAACAUCUACACAGAUCUCUAUAUCACUCAGGGUGGUAGUGAACAUGUCAAUACUGAACAUGAAGUCAGACAGAUUGAGGUUGCAUUCAGGAGUGCAGACUCACAAGAGAUACCAGUUCAAUGCAACAAUUUGUUUGAACCAUCUGAACAAGACAAAGAGAUCAGAACUGUACUGACAAAAGGAGUUGCUGGCAUUGGGAAAUCAGUCUCUGUGCAAAAGUUUGUUCUGGAUUGGGCUGAAGGAAAAGAAAAUCAAGAUAUCAGCUUCAUAUUUCCUCUUCCAUUCAGAGAGAUGAACUUAAAGGAGAAAGAAAAACAAAGUUUAAUGGAUCUUAUAUCUACAUUUUUCCCAGAGACAAAAGGACUGAACCUUACAACAAGGAAUCAAUUCAAAGUCCUGUUCAUCCUUGAUGGAUUGGAUGAAUGUCGUCUUCCUCUAAACUUUGAUGGCAAUGAGACGUGGCGUGAUGUAUCGUCACCAACCACUCUGGAUGUUCUUCUGACGAACCUCAUCAAGGGAAAUCUGGUUCCUUCUGCUCUCAUCUGGAUCACCACCAGACCAGCCGCUGCCAGUAAGAUUCCUCCUGAAUGUAUCGACCGCGUGACAGAAGUACGAGGAUUUAGUGAUGCACAAAAGGAAGAGUACUUCAAAAGAAGAUUCACAGAUGAGAAAAUGGCCAAUGAAAUUAUUGAUCACAUAAAACAAUCAAAGAGUCUCUUCAUCAUGUGCCACAUCCCAGUCUUCUGCUGGAUUUCGGCCACUGUUCUCCAGAACAUUUUGGAAGAGAAAAGAAAUAAUGAUGUAAAAAACAAUCAGUCUGAUGAAGCCUCUAAAACACUACAGCAAUCACAUACUGAAGACACUCCCAAGACUCUGACACAAAUGUACACACACUUUCUCCGCUUUCAGAUCCAGCAGAGCAGACGAAAGUAUGAUGGAGAAUACACACCUGAUGUUUCCUGGGAUAGAGACGCCAUCCUUUCACUGGGGAAACUGGCAUUUCAUCAGCUGGAGAAAAACAACCUGAUCUUCUAUGACACGGAUCUGGAAGACUGUGGUAUUGAUACCUCUAAAGCAUCACUGUAUUCAAGCAUGUGUACCCAGAUCUUCAAGGAGGAAAGAGGGAUCACUGUUGGUACCACUUUCUGCUUCGUUCACUUGAGCAUUCAAGAGUUUAUUGCAGCCCUUUUUGCACAUCUGUUUCUAGACAUAGAGAAGAAAAGUGUGUUUGAUCAAGAGUCUGCAGAACAGGCAAACAAUAAUAAAACCAUGACUGAUUUGCUCAAGAACCUUUAUUCAUAUCUGAUUCUAGACAUCACCAAGACAAUUGUGUAUUUUCAAGAGUCUACAGAACAGGAAAACAAAAAUGAAGCCAUGAUUGAUUUGCUCAAGACUGCAGUGGACAAGGCGCUCGAGAGUGACACUGGACAUCUGGACCUUUUCCUUCGCUUCGUCCUUGGUCUGUUGUUCCAGUCUAAUCGACUACUCUUACGAGGACUGUUGACACAGCAAAAUGACAAUGACCAGAGCAAAAAGGAGAUAGUUCAGUACAUCAAGCAGAAAUUUGAAGAUAAUCUGUCUCCAGAGAGAUCCAUCAAUCUGUUCUACUGUCUGAAUGAGCUGAAUGAUCAAACUCUGGUGAAAGAGAUUCAGAUCAACCUUAGCAAAGGAAGUCUCUCAUCUGCUGAUCUUUCACCUGCCCAGUGGUCUGCUUUGGUCUUUGUGUUGCUGACAUCAGAAGAGGAGAUGGAGGAGUUUGAACUUCAGAAAUUCAAGAAAUCAGACGAGUGUCUCUUUAGACUGUUGGAAGUUGUGAAACUCUCCAAAAGAGCUCUGUAAGUCAUUUAAAGCAGAGGUCUUCAACCUGGCUCCUAAAGGCCCACUGCCCUACAAAGUUUAAAUCCAACCUGCUUUAUCUUGAGAUUUUUAAAUAAUUCUGAAGAGCUUGAUUAUCUGGUUCAGAUGUGUUAAUUAAUGUUGACGCUAAACUCUGCUGGACACUGGGCAUCCAGGAGCCAGGUUGAAAACAGAUGAUUUAAAGAGGGGUG